AUGCCCGAGACGCCCUCUCGUUUUUACUCCUCUCCUGUGAAUGAGACAACAAACUUGAACCCAGUUCAACUCUAUGGUCUACAGAAGCGUGAGCCCUCCGUCAUCGAAAAGUCCAAGUUUCUCCAACGGGCAAAGGAUGCCCUGAGCGAUGCAAAGGACGACUUCUUACUGCAGUUAAAUCUCGAAACUGGCGCCACUGAGAUCACUCAAUGCAAUUGCCUGAUGUUCUGCGACUGUAAUUCCCACCCUUUAAUCUCGGUUAAGAAGGAUUCAAUGAUGUUUCGUCGGUCGGAGCGAUCGCAGCUCGCGCCUAUCAAUCCCUUCGAUGUCAACUUAUUUCGAACUCUGCGUCAACAACUAAGCAAGAGGUCCACCUGGCGGUCCUUCUCCCUCGUGGGAUCCAAGAAGAAUUCUGACUCGAAGAGUGUCAAUAUGUCUCCGGCUGAUGUCGUUUCCGUCUCCGCGUCAGUUCUUUGGAAACGACUAGGUGGUUAG